AUCGGAGAGGGAAAGAGCUUUUUAAGGGUCUGAUCGUACCAAUGAUUCUUCGGAAUUCUUGGUGAUCUCGCCGGGAACGCUGCGAUCACCAGAUUCCGAUCAACUCCGAGAUUGCAAGGGCAGGGAUUCGACGGAAAGCAUGGUGAAUCUUAUGGUCGAACGGGCGACGAGCAACAUGCUUGUCGGACCUGAUUGGGCCAUGAAUGUUGAGAUCUGUAACACGUUGAAUCGCGAUCCUUUGCAAUCAAAGGAUGUUGUAAAGGGCAUUAAGAAACGCCUCAGAAGCAAGAAUCCAAAAGCUCAGCUUCUUUCCCUAAUACUAUUAGAGACCCUCAUAAAGAAUUGUGGGGACCUUAUCCACAUGCAAGUUGCAGAGAAAGAUUUGCCUCAUGAGAUGGUGAAAAUAGUGAAGAAGAAGCCCGAUUUUCGUGUCAAAGAGAUGAUCUUGAUUCUAAUUGAUACAUGGCAAGAAGCUUUUGGAGGACCAAGGGCAAGAUAUCCGCAAUUCUAUGCUGCAUACCAGGAAUUGUUGCGAGCCGGGGCAGUAUUCCCACAGAGAACUGACAGGUCUACCCCUAUCUUUGCCCUGCAAUCACAUCAUCUGGGAUCAUAUCCACAAAAUAUUCGAACUCCAGAACAUAGGCAAGAAGCUGCUGAGUCUUCUGCAGAAGAUGAGUUCCCAACGUUGAGCCUGACAGAAAUUCAGAAUGCACGUGAUAUUAUGGAUGUUCUUGCAGACAUGCUGAACGCAUUAGACCCAGCAAACAAAGAGGGGCUAAGGGAGGAUGUUAUUGCUGAGCUAGUGGAACAGUGCCGGGUGUACAAGCAGAGAGUGGUCCACCUUGUAAACUCGACUUUGGAUGAAUCACUGUUAUGUCAAGGACUGUCUCUGAAUGAUGAGUUGCAGUGUUUGCUAGCCAAGCACGAAGCCAUUGCUUCAGGAGCUUCUGUUCAAACAAAGAAACUGAAGCCUAAAUCUGUUGAGGCAUUGGCUGAUGUGGAUGUUCCUCUUAUUGAUACCGGGAAUAGCAAACAGUCUGACCAGGGUUCCACCUCUGAUACUGGUUCAGGGACACAACUACUACUCCCGGCUCCUGCCACUAAUGGUCCAGCAACAACUCCUACAAAAGUUGAUGCUAAAAUAGACCUCUUGAGUGGAGAUGACUUCAACUCCCCUUCGGCAAAGAAUACAAUAGCUAUUUCUCCUGCGGGAGGACACCAGCCAAUCAACCCUGUAGCUAAUCAGCAGAAUGCCCUUGCUCUUGUGGACAUGUUUUCUCAAAUUGACCAUAACCAACCAGUUUCUUUGGUUGGACGAACAUACACCUAUCAGCAGCAGCAGCAGCAGCAGCAUAAUUUUCAAUCUCCACUAACCUCUGUUCAUCCUGAUGGAAUUGGCCCAAACAUGAUUGUACCUCAAGAUGAGCAGUCCUUAUACACCCAAGGUGCUAAUUCCUGGAAUGGACAAAUAUCCUCCCAGCAACAGCCACCUUCACCAGUCUAUGGUGCUGAGAGCAGCAGUUCACUGCCGCCACCGCCCUGGGAAGCUCAGCCGACAGACGAUGAUCCACUGGAAGGCAGUCAGUAUCACCAGCCAACGAAGGUUGGUCAGGAGGUUGCCACAGAGUCCCAACCAAUGUUCAAUGGCCUUCAUCAAGGAUAUCGGCCUAUGGGAGGGGAUGAUCAAGUAGCAGGGAUGUAUAUCCAGCAAACCCCAAGUGGCCAUCUUCCAGCGUUCGGUGACCAGGCUGAUCACAACAAUCAGCUGGUAGGGCUCCAUCCUCAGGCAGCCUGCGAUGGCCAGUCAAUGGGGGUGUGUCCACAGCAAAUGCAAUCAGGACAGAUGCAUUUCAUGUAUCAACAGAUGUACAGCAGCCAAAUGGGAGGAUAUGGGUAUGGCUACGGCCAGCAACAAAAUGAUCAGUUCCUUGAGCUAGGAAUGUCCGGGCUUUCUGUUCGGAAUGAUCGUUCCUUGAAUUCUUAUCAGACGCCUGCUCUAUCCUAUGUGCCAUCCGGGAAGCCCUCAAGGCCAGAGGAUAAGCUGUUUGGAGACCUUGUUGCUAUCGCGAAAGUUAUGCCGACAAAAACUUGACACGGAAGAAUUUUAGCUGAUAAAUGCUGGUACUCUUGGCAGAGCUGGGAGAAUGAGAAAUAAUGACAGGAUUUAUAGUUUACCCUCAUAUCUUUUGUUUGCUAAUUUGUUUCAAUUUUCAUUAUUAUACAUGUUCUUGGCCUUUGGCCCUUAACCGGGUUACUUGUACAAGAGGAGAGAGGGGUUGGGAAAUUUUCAUUUUUUAUGUUAGAUUUAUAAAAGAUUUGGAAUUCUUCCAGUUGGAAGCCUGAUUGUGCUGCUGUUUCAAUUAGUGGGACUUGAAAAAGCCGUUGCCCUGAGUGCUCGAAUUGAAUAGUACUUCUAGCUUUUAUUUGGAA